AUGGCAACGCUGUCGGAACUGCUGCAGAGCUGUCUCACCCAGUUCACCUCAUUAAUCUCUUCCACACUCUGUGAACACACCGAUCAAAUUGCUCUACAAGACUGGAAGGAUGAACUGGGCCGCCUUCACGUAUGGGCAGCAAACAUCGGUGCUCACCAGACUAGUCUAUCGUCACUCGAUUACCGCCUUAAGGAUGCGUCUCAUAUUAAGAGCCAGAUAGUGAGGCUUUUAGAGAGAGUUCGGGAGCUGCUCACGGACCUCGCGGAAGUCAUAGACGAGGAAGAAGAUGACAGCUCACAGGAAAAUGCUUUUGAAGCGCAGCAUGACCGGUUGGUCGGAACAGUCAAGCUGGAUGAUGAGCCCUUCCAGUUCUGGGCUAGGCAGUAUGUUUCCGACAAAUAUCCGGAUGCGGAUGAGCUAGUUAUCAAUCGCAUCAGUUCUGCAAUGGAACGUCAAAGGGCCAUUUUGAAUUACCGUGAACGACACCAUGUGAAAUUAAGCUAUGGCAUUAAUUGUGAGGGAGAUGGCAAAUCAACGGUUCUCUCGGAAACGGUUGCGACAGAUGUUAUUCCUGGUCAAUCCAACGACAUAGUAUCUGAUGCCGGCGGAUCCGAAACCUCAUACGGUAGUAUCCUUCUCAAGGGGACAGGUAUAGAGGCUCCAAAAAUACCACCAAUACCCCGAAGCGGCGCCCAGUAG